AUGUACGUGACAGGGAGCAGCUCCAACCUAAUUGAGAAACUGGAUACACCAGCCCACGACGAAGUGCGUCGCCUCGUGGCGGAAGAUGCACAGAGCCGUGGCGGCACCAACUCGUCGUUCACGUUGGAUGGCGAACGCGGCACGUCGCAGUCACAGCUGUGCCGCAUUCUGCCCAAUGGCCAGGAGCAGUGUGCCAACAUUGCCCUCGAAGCGCGUGAUCUAUUCCAGACUAUGCAAACGCUCGGCUUUUUCUGUGUGUUGCCGCAAGAGCCGACAAAAACCUUUAUUCGAUGCGAGUACAUUCCCAAGUAG